GGGGAGGAGGAGUUAUGGAUCUGUUUAUAAAGACUGGAACGAGGGAAUGAGAGAAAGAGAGAUUUACUACCACACGGUUGUACAUCGCAGAAGAUUUUUUGGACUAUAUUAUGCGCACAGGCACCAUGUCGGUGGCAUUCCAGAAGACUCUCAGACCUCCACUGCUUCUUUCUAUCGUCUUGCUCAUCCUUCCCUUCUUUGUGACACUAUCAACAUCAUCACCUUUUAAUGACACUGGCCUCUUUCAUGACAAUAUGGGUGACUACGAUGAUGGUGAUGAUUAUGACAUUUCUCUAUCCCCAGCAACCAAACCUGUGCCUCCUGCGGCUAAACGCUGCGACUAUGACCUCUGCAAAGACCAGCAGCCAUCCUGCCAGAAGCUUGCGGCCACCACGGGCUGCUCCUGCCCUGGGAUGAGUGGGCCUCAUGAGGUCCCAGAUCCCCCGCACCUCCGCUGGCUGUCCCAAGAAGGCUCUAACAGGGUUGUCGUGCACUGGUGUGCACCGGCUUCCACGGUGACCCAUUACCUGGUGCAGGUGGAGGGUAAGAAAGAGGGACUGGAGGCUGGCGAGAGGAGUAGACAGAUGGACCUAGGAAAGGUAGCAUCUGGAGCAGAGGUGUGUGUCUUGGCAGUGAACAAGGCUGGAGUCAGCACCAGGGAAAAGCACUCGUGUACUCGCUUUCAGUCUGAAAUCUCGGAGUCUGGACUGGCGUUGAGGCUGGGCAUCUUGGGAGGGGUGGUGGCACUGCUUGUGGUACUAGCACUAGCGUUGCUACUUUGGAGGUUCAGAGCACGAAGGAAAACUCUGGCACGGACUGAAACUGGAGGAGCAGAGGGGGUGCUCUGAGAGACAAUGAGUUCCCUUUAAUCCUGGUUAUAUUUGCAUUCUGAAGCAUACAGUUGUGUGCAAAACUUUGGAUACCUAACUUUGGAAACUUAAUUAUGACACAUUUCUGUACAAAAAUUAUAGACAACUAUUGUUUAUUUGCUGAAUUUUCUGGUAUGUUUAGAAAUCCUUUCAGGCAAUACUUUGGAACGCCAGUUGGCUGAAAUGUUUCUUGUAGCCAACUACCAGACUUUAAAUUCUUGAUGUAAAGUAUUCUUUUUCCUUUGCAGAACUCUUCAGGUUUAUAAAUCUACAUUGGUCAUCUUGCAUGCACAUCAUAUUUGAGACAUAAAGACUUUCAAUAAUGUUCAUGUCUGAAGAUUGUAAAGGCCAUUCAAGGUUGAAUUUGAGGUAUGCUUUGCGUCAUGUACUUGUUGUAAUGUCCAACCUCUUUUUAUCUUCAGUGUCUUCACUGACUAUGAGGCAUUGACUUAAAGUACUUGUAGUAGUAGUAAUAGUAGAAUCUUUUCUUCUCUUUAUCCCCACAACAUACUAUUAUGCAACACAACAAUAGAUAGAUUCACCUUCGUGCUUCAAUUGGCAUAGUCUUUUCAUCAAAUGCUGCACCCCUUUUCUCUUUGUACACACACUUUGGUUGCAGCCAAAGAAUUUUUUGUCAGUCCACAGAAUUUGAUUCUUAAAUGCCCCUAAAUUGUAAAUGAUUUUGUGCAACAACACUGCACAGUGGACAAGUGCAUCACUAUUUCAAUGUCAGCCAAGUCUUCCUGGAGGUCUUUGGCAGUGAUGUGGGGGUUUUGCUUUGCAUAUCUGACCAGUCUAAGAUCAUUUUUUCUGAGGUGUUUCUUUGUCAUCCAGAUCUUGUCAUGACUUCCACAGUUCUCCUUAACUUAAGUGUCUUAAUGGUAUUUCAGACAGUGGAAACUGCAAACAAAGGAGUGUUUAGGUAUCUUUUUAGAGCCAUUUACUGCUUUUGUAAGCGUCCACUAUCUUUAGUUUCACUUCCUUAAGCAGCAGUGUAGAUGAGCCCAGGGCUAUCGAGUGUAAUCACAACAUCUUGAGAAGUUUUAAAGGGUCACAGAAUUUAUUACAGUCUGGAAUUGUCUGCAUCUUAAAUGGGUCAAAUAUGCCUGGGACCUAAAAUAAUAACACUAAUAGAUCAACUCUAAGGGUCCACACGUCUGCACACAUCACAUUUUGUUUUCCAGUCUUUUUUUUGUUUACUUCAGCAAAUAAAUAAUAAUUGUGCAUUAAAAUUUGCAGAAAAAUGUCAUAUUUAAGUUUGUUCUAUGUAGAGGUGGUGUUAACUUCUUUUCCCUUAGAAAGACAACAGAAUGUGGAAUUUGACCAGGUUCGCAUACAACUGUAUUGUUUGGUAACUACAUGCAAAACAGUGCAAAAUCGUUGAGUUAUCAUGAUGUUUUUGAUGAAAUUAUUCAGCCUGAAAUGGAGGUCUGGAAUUCAUAACGCAUGUGAUCAAGUCUAGGACUGUGGUCACAACCCUCCUUUUGGACAUCUGUUGAUUGAAGGAUGGGGAUCAUUACUGGAGAGACUAUGUGCAAAAGCACUUUAGAUGUAUUAUUAGAGUUAGUAUUGUGUGAGCGAGAAGUGUAUGCUUUUUUAUUUUUAAACCUUUGGAUAUCUUUUGUUUUUACCAGUUUUGUCAGUAUUAGCUUUUUUAUUAUGAUCAAUUGAAUAAAUGGAUGUGACUUUUUAAACAAUAAUAUUGUAAACAAAUACAUAUUUAUAUCUUUCUGUC